UCCAAAAUGGAAACUAAUAAAAAGUCUGUAAUCGCUUUACGAUGCUCGAUUUUAUCUGGCGUAUUUGCAUCGUUAGCCGCUGUUUUUGGAAAGUUCGCAACAUCACCACAGAUAUGUCAUUCAUAUGUGUUAUUAUUAAUCGGAUGGAUAUUUAAUUUUUCCAAUAAUUCGUUCGAAAUUCAGUGGCUUAUACGAACAUUACAGGUGCUCUCAUUCACUACAAUGAUUCUAGUCAAUUCGAUGAUGUGGACACAAUUCUCAUUAGCUUUGGCAUAUUCUGAACAUACUAUUCAAGUGACUACAGUGAAUACAGUUACAAAUUUUAUUUGUUCGGCAAUAUUUGGUGUCAUAAUUUUUGAUGAAUCAAUAACAAUUCAAUGGACAAUCGGUAUCACCUGUAUUAUGUUGGGAAUUAUUCUGUUGAAACGAAACGAUACAUCGAUUAUCAAUCGUUCAUCUAAUAAUUUGAAUUAAGGUUACCAGAACCAUGGUGGACUGGAAUAAAUCGGCUCCUUUUGGAAAUUUUCUCACCUAACAAACAAACGAAAAAAAAUUUAACCAAUGUAAAACUGUAUAAUUAAGCGAGUUUUCCAAUGUAAAAAUGUUUGUCCUCCUCGACCCCAAUGGCCGAUCUGGCAACCAUAAUUUAAAUACAAUCACAAUCAUCAACAAUUGUAAAGGAAACGAGCGGACAAAGAUGAACAAUAACGAGCUUACAAAAUUAUUAUUAAUAAAUAAUCAAUUUUUAUUUAAAAUUUUCAA